AUGGAUAUCGAAGAGACGAACCGCAUCCGGGCAUCCCUCGGGAUGGCCCUCCUCCCCGUCCCAGGCGGCGGACCCCGAUUCAAAGCCUCCAAAGGCGCCGGGAGCUCAUCGGAGGAGGAAGAGGAGAAGGGCAGUACGCUAGAAACAAGGCAAGCACAAGGGUACGACAAUUGGAACCAGCUGCAGAAAGAAGCAGAUGCUAAAGCGCAACGAGAAGCGAAGAAUGAGGCCGUCAAGAAAGCUCGAGAUGCCGCCAAGAAGUUUUCCAAACUGGAAGGAAAGGGAUUGGGCGAGGCGGAUCAGAAGGAAGACCUCGAUACCAAGACUUGGUUGCUUCAGCAGAAGAAAAGAAGGAAGAGGCUCGAGAAGGAGAGAUUGGCGAAGCUGGAGAAGGAGUUGGCGGAACGGGAGAAUGCACCGGAGCAUACGGCUGAGGAUCUCGCCGGUGUGAAAGUCGCCCACGAGCUGGAAGAUUUCGAGGGUGGUGAGGAGCAGGUCCUGACACUCAAAGAUUCCACGAUCGAUCAGAACGAAGAGGAAGGGGAUGAACUGGAGAACUUGGACCUGAAAGAGCGAGAGGCACUGACCGAGAGGCUGAGCUCGAAGAUCAAGAAGCCCGUCUACGACCCACAUGCUGAAAUUGAAGAAGGCGGCUCGACGAUUCUGAAGCAUUAUGACGAGACGAUCGAUGGCAAGAAGCGUAAGCGCUUUACCUUGGAUGGGCAGGGAGCAUCAUUGGAGGAGCGUGAAGCGAUGAAGCAAGCGGUUGGGAGGAAGUUAAAAUCCACAGCCAUUAGCCUUGAUAUUCUCAAAGACGCGCCGAUAUCAGAUUAUACAGAGGCAACAGAAGCCAAGAUCCAGAAACCGAAGAAGAAAAAGGCCAGAACUACGCGGCAAAGGGCUGUUGAUGAGGAUGACAUAUUUCCGGUAGAGACAAGCAACGGCACUCAAACAAAUGGGGACGCCAUGGUUGUUGAUGCCGGCAACUCACGGAUUCCAGAGGCGCAGUCAAAGGUAACUGAAAGUACUUCUUUUGCUGACGACGAAGAUCUCCAGGCGGUCUUAGCUGUGCAAAGACGAGCGGCCCUCAAGAAGCGGAAAAGAGAAAUGCCGGAGGAUCUUGCGCAAAGGAUCAGAGAGGAAGCAGCUACGCCUGAAGAAGAAGCCCAACCAGAAGAGGGUGGUAUGAUCAUUGAUGAGACUACAGAGUUCGUAGCCAAUCUAGCACGAUCUAAGGAAGAGGGGAAAGCUCGCCCUCAAAUCGUCAAAGCCCGCAGUGCCACGCCAGCCAAAAAAGAGGCGUCUCCUGAAGACGAAGACGGAGACGUGGACAUGGGUCGAUCCUACAACGACAUCGAAGACGGCGAAGACCUCGAAGCACGCGUCAAGCGCGAAACCUCAACGUCCGCUGCACCAGGUAUGACCGACACCGGGCUCGAAGAUGACGCAACCCUAAAUCAAGGCCUCGGUGCCACACUCUCCAUGCUCUCACAACGUGGCCUCAUCAAGCAGAACAAGGAAACCGACAUCAACGCCCUGCACCGCGACCGCCAAAAAUUCCUCACCGAGAAACAAAAGCGCGAAGCAGCCGUCGAAGCCAAAGCCCGCCAGCAACGAGAGCGGGACCGAGCCACCGGCAAACUUGACCGCAUGUCCGCUCGUGAGCGGGAAGAGUAUGCACGGCAAGAGAACAAGAUGCGCGACCAACUCGAGUCCCGGCAGAUGACGGAGAUCUUCAACCGCGAGUACAAGCCCGACGUGCAGCUGAAGUACGUGGACGAGUUCGGACGGGGCAUGAACCAGAAGGAGGCCUUCAAGCAUCUGAGCCAUCAGUUCCACGGCAAGGGGAGCGGGAAGCAGAAGACGGAGAAGCAUCUGAAGAAGAUCGAGGAUGACAAGAAGAGGGAGGCGCAGAGUACGCUGGACAGCAGCCAGGCGACGGGGAUGAACAAUGCGAUGGGGACUACGCAGAAGAAGAACAGGCAGGCUGGUGUGAGAUUGGCCUGA